CCAAGGACGGCAAAGGAUAGCCAAAGAACACCAAAUGACGGUUAGGUACAUCUAAGGACGGCCAAGGACACCUAAGGACGGCACUGUAAACCUAGGGACGGUCAGGUACACCUAAGGACGGCCAAGGGAACCUAAGGCCAAUCAAGUACAUCUAAGAACGGCCAGGGACACUCGACACCAUAGGACGCCUUCUAAGGUUGCCGGGGUGCAGUUCACUUAUAUUGUAUCUUGAACACACUUUACCGAUCAUGUGUGAAGUACCUACCCGCGCAUUUUUUGCAACCGCAGACCCAAAUGAUCGACGUCACUUCAAGAUGGCGGUUCGCAGAGCUGUUUUACGAUAUUUCACACAUUUCGGGAUAUUGUCAGGAAAUCCAAGCGUAAUACCUCUACAAACUUCGACAUGCUCCAUCCUCACCCAUGGAUACAGGACAAGAUCAGCUGAUUUUUUGUAUUAUUACCGGUGUUUGUUGGCAGGGGUAAAACAUCGUAGUUCAAGCACAUGUACAGCGAAAAAUGGUCAUUUACAAGAACCUUCUUCAAAAGACUCACCGAACUUCGCGCGAUUGCGAUACCUGUGCGAAAACCGGGACCUCGAUGCAGCACGGGAGCUACUAGAUGGCAUACUAUCUGACGACACACUUUACGUUACUAGCGCGUUUAACUGUUUACUACACCAUGCUGUAGAAUUUCAAGAUCACAAAACCGUAGAAUAUGUUCUUGGUAAAAUGAGCCUGCAUAGUAUUAAAAAAGACGGUGCCACAUAUUACAUGUUGGCGCAAUAUUUCACAGCCCAUGGCCUGCUUUGGCAGGGGCUUCAAUCAUUGCGGGAAAUGCAAGCAGAAGGUUUACAGACGCAUGCACGGAACUACCAUCCUUUAAUCCUAUCUGCUGUCCAACAACAAAGCCUCCAGGUAGCAUUUAAACUGUGCAACGAGAUGCGUGAUAUAGAGAGGAGACCAAGCUACCGUUGUUAUACAGCCUUGAUUGACGGCGUUACGAGGAACAAUGGUUCAAUGGCGUGGAGGAAUGAGGUUUACCGGUUACUAGAACGCUUUAGAACAGAUCGCGAAAAAUUGGAUCCUGAGAUGUUAAGUGCUUUGCAAAAUUGGUUUAGCAGCCAAUCAGAUGAAAAGUGGAAAGCAGAAUGGUCACAAAUCAGUGAUAGUGGAUUAUGUCAAUCAUGCAAUGAACCACUUGAAACUGGACAGCUUUCUGGCAAUGAAUACUUGGCACUAAAAACCCAUUUACUGCACCAACUCUGGCAUGUCAUCUCACAACUUCCUCAUCAGACAAUGAAGUGUUUCACCCCUUUGGGUAAUUUCACUGAUAAUCUAACUCAUCAGAGUGUGGACUCAGUACCAAAGAGUCUAGAUACGUUUAUAGGACAGACAGGCCCCUAUGAUGUGGUGGUGGAUGCAUUGAAUGUUGGGUAUCAAUUUGGUAAAAACAAUUUCCUUGCACAAAUGGUCCAUGAAAUUUGUUCUCUGUUUCUGGAAGAAGGCAAAAGGGUCCUCGUGAUUGGUGCAGCACCAAUUCGAUUCAAUGCACCAAAGAGCAAGGGAGACAUCAGCAGGCUUGUCAAGUUCCUGUCCAAGCACUGCGGCCUGUUUCUCUUGCGGGAUACAAGUGCUGUCAAGAAGAGGCGCAAAUCUGGUAUACCAGAUGACAUGUACAUGCUCCUUGCGGCAAUGCAUUGUGGGAUUGACACCCUACUAGUCUCUAAUGACAUGUUUCAUGAUCACAUGCACAGUCUCCCAGUAGAGAUCCGCUCACUCUUCAGCCGAUGGCUGCGCUGCCGUCAGGUGAUAGUGUCUGCAACAAAAGGAGUGAAGCCUACUUAUAAGAGACAUCCUGCCUAUGAUCAUGUGAUUCAGAGGGCAGCAGAUUCUUGGCAUUUCCCAUCUAAUGCUGAUGAUUCCUGGCUGUGUGUUCACAAAAGCUGACGUGAUGGAGGAUUUAUACCACCUAAACACUACAAAGGCUGUGUUCAUAAAAGCUGAUAUGUGACUUAUGAUUCAGAUGAGCUAUACCACCUAAACACUACAGAGGCUGUGUGUUUAUAAAAGGUUGAUUGGUAUAACCUUUGAACUGGUAUAACCUGUGACCUGGUAUAACCAUGUGACCUGGUAUAACCAUGUGACCUGGUAUAACCAUGUUGUUUAACCAUGUGACCUGGUCAAUAGUGGACCCUGGAACUAUGCCUGGUCAUGUGACCUGUUUCGUCAUGUGACCUGAACGAUCAUGUUAUGAUGCAGACAGCUGCCCUAGUACCAAGUAUCCCUGGUCAUGUGACUUGUUUAGUUAUGUGACCUGUAUGAUCAUGUGACCUGUAGGUCAUGUGACUUAGAGAGCAAGGGGCCCUAUGACCAAGUAUACCAGGUCAUGUGACUUCUUUGAUCGAAUAACAUUGCAAGCAAUGUUUUUACACAUGGAUAUCCAAACAUCUAGAGUUGAGUGAAUAUUAAAAUUAUUUUAAUUAUUAUAAAUAGAUGAAGGUUCAACCAAAUAAAAGUAAGUUUUUUUUC